AGUCAAAAAUAUUAUGGAAUUAGAAAUUGUUGUUAAUCAAAAGUUUCUUGUACCAGUAAUACCCAACUACAUUUAAUUUCUAUUUCAUUUGUCUAUUUUAUGGAUUGAAAAAAUGAAUUUGGCACAAGAAAAUAACUUUGCUAAUGGCUUGUUAUAUGUUGGAUUCAAUCAAGAUCAAGGUUGUUUUGCUUGCGGUACAGAGAAUGGUUUCAGAGUUUUUAACAGUGAUCCGCUUAAGGAAAAAGAACGGCAAAAUUUUGCCGAAGGAGGUCUCUCAUACGUGGAAAUGUUGUUUCGAUGUAAUUACAUGGCUUUAGUGGGAGGAGGAAAGACACCUGUAUAUCCUCCUAACAGAGUUAUAAUAUGGGAUGACUUGAAGAAAGAUUCUGCUAUUGCUCUAGAUUUUAACAGUCCUGUUAAAGCUGUGAAAUUAAGAAGAGACCGGAUAGUUGUUGUUUUGGAAAAUUUAAUAAAAGUUUACACAUUUACUGCUCAGCCUCAACUACUUCACAUAUUUGAAACUUGUCAGAAUCUUAGAGGGCUGUGUGUUGUCUGCCCUAAUAGCAAUAAUGCUUUGUUAGCUUAUCCUAGCAGGAAAACUGGACAUGUUCAGUUGGUGGAAUUGAGCAGUCAUGCUGGUACCAGUACAGCCCCAGAAGGACACUUAAUCGUAGCACAUGAAGCUCCACUAAGUUGCCUUGCUCUCAAUGUUGGAGGUACUCGGUUAGCCACUGCGUCAACCAAAGGAACUCUUAUAAGAGUAUUUGAUACAAACACUGGCCAAAAACUUGCAGAAUUACGAAGGGGUGCUAAUCAGGCAACAAUAUACUGUAUAAACUUCAACCAUACAAGCACAAAUCUUUGUGUGGCAUCGGACCAUGGAACAGUACAUGUCUUUAGCCUUGAUGAAGAGAAAUUAAACAAGCAGUCAAAUUUAGCAUCUGUAUAUCUCCUGCCAAAAUAUUUCUCAAGUAAUUGGAGUUUUUGUAAAUUCACAAUUCCAAAUGGACCACCCUGUAUUUGUGCUUUUGGAGUAGACAAAAGCUCUAUUAUUGUAAUUUGUGCCGAUGGAUCAUACUACAAAUAUAAAUUUAAUGAAAAAGGAGAAUGCAACAGAGAUGUGUAUGCACAAUUUCUUGAGACAUCAGAAGAUAGAUAAAUAGCUAUUUUGCUGACAACGGACCUGACUCAGAAUUAGUUGUGAGCUAAUUUCAUUACCUUAUUUGGGUAAAUUAGUAAUUUUCUAAAUGAGAAAAUUAAAUUAGAGACUGCUACAUUUUCUUAGAUACUCUCACUUAGGAUGCUUGUCAUUCUCACAGCACAAUAUUCAUGCUACACCUUCUUUAGAUCAUAGAACAGUGUUUACUGAGAAUUAAAUUUUGACAUUAUCAAGUGGAAUGUAAAUGAAUUUAAGUGGUCCACGAGGCUAUGUACUAUGAGUUAGUUCUUAGUUACCAUGACUUUGUUUAAACUAUUGUGCAAUGUAAUAUACACUUUAACAUAAAGGAUUCAAGAAAGGUGAUUUUACAUAGAAUCUUUUAUCACUAUUUAAAAAAAUCUAUAAAGUCAAAUUGUUGCUAAUAUAUUUCAUAGGUUCAUCCCAAAGUAGCGCAUUAAAUGUUAACAUAUAUGAUGAAUUCUAUACUUGAUCAUUGAAGGAGGAACAAUCAUAUAACAAAAUCCCCCUAAGAUCUUAUCUGAUAACUUAAAUAUAAUAUUUAAGUUAUCUAAUAUAAUUUCCUACAAAAAACUGACUGAAUAUGGAUUGUGAUAAGUUGUUUCAUUAUUAAUAUCAUUUUCGAUUUUACUUUAUUCACUUCGCUUUACACUGCUAUAAAUAUUACUUUAAAAAUUGAUAGAUUUUGAAGGGAUAUUAUGUUUUAAUUGGUAAAGUCUAUCUGCCACAAAUAGAAAUGUGUCCUUUGUUUAACUGUCCUAUAAAAGUAUUAAGUGUGACCUACAUGAAAAUGUAAUAAAAUUUUAUCAGUUCGGAGAAGUCAUUAAAUGGUAACUUUUAUAUUUUUUUAAUUCAUGAUACAAUAGAAAUUCCAUAGUGUGAUUUGUAUGUUUAUAUUGUUAUAUAAUUAGAAAGUAGAAAAUGAAUUUAUGAAACAUAUUUAUUAUCAGUGAAACUGAAUUGUAAAAUAUAUAAAUGAAAUUAUCCUGUGGUUUUCGGCAGAUGUUGUUACGAAUUAUCGUCGAAUAUAUUAUGCAAAUGGCGGUAUUAAAUUUCAAUAUAUCUAAUCUAGUCUUUGUAGAAAAACAUGAAAAUUAAUGUAAAUUUCUAUAUCACAAUGUAAAAUCGCAUACGGCGAGCUAAUUACUAUAUUUUUUUCUUGAACAUUAUCUAGCCAUUGACCUUUGGUUAAUCAUAAUACAAUUAAAACCGCUAUGUCUAUGAAUUUCUCCAUUAUUCUUAAUUUGAAAAUGUAACGGUGUUGCGUUCUAUCAUAUCUUACCCACAUUACCUUUAGAAACUAAUUCUAUUUGAACAUGAUGGGAAACUGUAUUUAUUAGUAAUGCAUAUCUUAAAAAUAUCGCCGUUUAGUAUAAACAAAAUUUAUUGUAAAUAAAGAAUGAAGUUCCUUAGAUAUUUUAAGUUUGAUUUCCUGAUUGUUAAUUAAAGAAACCCAUGAGUUUCCAAUUACUUUGUUGAAAUUAAAUUAAUGGACAAUUUUUGAAACAAUGUAUUAUUUUUUUA